AUGUCUCUCCAAGACAAACCAAUUGAUGAUAAACCAUCGGACGAGAGACGAGAACCGCCAAGAAUAAGAAUCAACCGUGAACAAAUCGUUCUAAUUCUACUUCAUCGUCAAAUUAAUCCGUCGCAAUCUAUUGCCGAUGGUAGUAAUAUUUGUCCAGUCGAGAAAAUUUUACGUCAAUUAACUGAUAAUUUACAUUUAUUUUCCAACAACAAUGACUGCCUUUCCUACGCUGAAAAGGCCAAAGAUCAAACAAUAUUUAUGAUCAUCGAUAGUUCGUAUGCAUCAGCGGAUCUCUUGGGAAAACUUCACACCAUGCAGCAAAUAAAUUCAAUUUUUAUUUUCCGUCAAGCCAAGGAUAUGCCCGUUCCGGUCUUGUCUGCCACAGACUAUUGUAAAAUAGUAAAUGUGUCCGAUGAACAAGAUAAUUUAACCUCGAGUAUUGAACACAUCACUGAUUAUAUUGAUAAUCAAUCAACCAUAUUCACUGUUUGCGACCAAGAUAAGCAGAUGUCGACUCGUGAUGUCGACCAAGAAUCGGGAAUGUUUAUUUUCUUUCAACUAGUGAAAAAGGUUAUUAAAAAAAUGCUACCAAAUGAAGAUGCCGUAUGCAAGAGUAAGGAAGAAAUGAUUAACAAAUGUCGUCUUGAUUGCAAAGAUAGCACAAAAGAUCUUGAGAAUAUCAUCAGAUUUGAAAAUGAAUAUACUGCCGAUCAAGCGAUUCAAUGGUAUACGAAAGAUUGCUUUAUUUACAAGCUUAUCAACAAAGCUUUACGAACCGAAGACAUUGAACCCUUGUAUACGUACCGUUUUUAUAUCAAUGAUCUUAGUGCAUGCUUGGCCGAGCGUUGUAAACUUCUGCGAGAAAAGACGUCAAAAAUUACGGUUUUUCGCGGUGCAAAGAUAUCCAAAGCUGAAAUCGAUCGACUCGCGCAGAAUAAAGGACAUUUAAUUUCGACGAACGGAUAUUUUUCAACGACCUGGAAAAGAGCAGUAGCCAAUAUUUUUGCAGGCAUCGAAGGAAAUAAUCGAUCCCAUUCCGAUCUAUAUCAGUCCAUUCUGUUUGAAAUCACCGUGGAUUUAGAGAAAUAUCCUGAAAUCAUCCUUGCAGAUAUCCAGGAUAUUAGUUUACAUAAAGAUGAAGAAGAAUUACUCUUUGAUCUGGAUACGGUAUUCAAGCUUGAAUCCAUUACGUAUAACGACACUUUAUCGUAUUGGACAUGUAUGAUGUCGGCAAGUAACGAAGGUCGUAUUAUUGUCAGACAAUAUCUUGAUUUUAAAGAAAAAGAACUAGACAAUUCGGAUGACAAUGAAGUUGCAUUCGGCAAUCUUUUGUUUGACAUGGGUCAGUGGUCUAAAUCUCGGAUAUAUUUCGAGAAUCUUGCACUACGUCGUACGAAUGAUCCUCACAUUCAAUUUGGUAUUGCGUCAUGCUGCCGUGCUCUUGGUGACAUUAAUCAAGCUCUUUUUCAUUUACAACAGGCUUACGAUCUCAGUAUGCACAUUGAACAUGAAUGUCUUAGAUUAAAGGGUCAAAUUUGCUGCAAUCUAUUGCGAACCUACCAAGAAUAUGGAGAUUUUUCGAAAGCUGCUGCUUUUGGCGACGAAGCACUAGACUUCUACCGACAAGCAGGAGAACACAGCAAUGAAGUCGGAAUUGCAAAAGUAUGGAUUAAUUUUGGCCUGCUUAACUACUACAAAGGUCAUGACGAUAUCUGCUUAGAACAAUUAGAGCGCGCUCAUACACUCUUGAAGCGUACUUCUCAGUUUGAUGGUCCAGAAAUCAGCGAAUGCUACAAAUUUUUGUCGUUCGCUCACUACCACAACGGAGACUACGACAAAGCACUAGAUUCUUUAAUGAAAGAAUCACAAAUAACAGCACGACUCUUUCCUACUAAUCAUCCACAAACUGCUGCAACCGAAAACAAUAUCGGAAAGCAAUAUUACAAACAAGGCAAGUAUGAAGAAGCACUAAAACAGUUUCGUCGUGCAGCUGAAAUCAGCGAGCGAGUAUCGACGACUAACAGUGCAAACCAAAUUGUUUUUCUCAAUAAUAUCGGCAAGGCGCUCUAUCGACUGAAGCAAAUUGACGAAGCCGAAAAGUAUUUUGAAGAAGCUCUUCAAUUAACCAAAAAGAUUUUCUCAUCAUCAACCGACCACAUUUACCUAGCGUAUACUUAUAAAAAUCAAGGCGAGAUUUUUUUGGCGAAGAACGAUUUUGUCGGUGCACUUGCACUUUUCCAACAGGCUCAUGACAUGUACAAACGUAUUUUUGUGCAAAAUAGUAAUCAGCGAGACGUCGCCAAAUGUCAAUAUCUCAUCGGAUUGAGCCAUCUGGCACUUAAUGAUAUCGAACAGGCAACCACUGCAUUGGAACAAGCACUGCAUAUGCGAACAAACGCUUUGCAUCCUGAUCAUCCUGAUUUAGCUUUCAGUCAUCGAUCCAUGGGCGAUUUAUACAUGUGUAAGAAGAAUGAAGUCAAAGCUAUCGAACACUAUAAGUUAGCGCUAGCAAUUUGGGAGAAACGCCUGCCUUCUGAUCACGAUCAGUUAGUAGAUCUGAAAGAGAUAUUGGCACAUUUUAAACCAUAA